UCACCGUGGAGAUUGAGUCUGUUUAGGUGAUUGAAGAGCUAGCCUCCAAAGCUCUUGGGUCCAUGACGAGGACUUCUGUCUUGUUUGAUCAGCUGUUUUACUACUGCGUUACAGGCACCGUUUGAAAACAAUUAAGUGUUAUUGCGAGUGCAUCAUGGCAGACGUGAGCCUUACGUGGGGCAUCUCCUUGCUCUUGUGUCUGACUUUGGGAUGGACAGGCGCACAGCAGACUAACUUCACCAGGCCUGUGUUCCACUGUGGAGGAGAGCUCGUGGCAGAGUCAGGGUUCGUUGGCAGUGAGGGCUUCCCAAACCACUACAAACCAAACAGCAAAUGCACCUGGAUCGUCACCGUCCCAGAGGGAAAAGUGGUCAUGCUCACUUUCCGCAUUUUCGACCUGGAGGCCGACUCGCAAUGUCGCUACGACUACCUGGAUGUUUACAACGGCAGAUCCAACACGGUGCAAAAACUCGGCCGCUUCUGUGGGACCUUCCGGCCCGGUGGUCUUAUUUCCACCACCAACACGAUGAUGCUGGAGAUGGUGAGCGAUGGAGAGACCAACAGCAGAGGGUUUGUGGCCCAUUUCAGUGGUGCCAAGCCAUACGACCAGGAUCAACAGUUCUGCGGGGGAAAGAUAACAAAAGCCCAGGGAGAAAUCAAAACCCCAAACUGGCCGAACACUAAGUAUCCAUCAGGAACCAGCUGCUCCUGGCUUAUCACUGUGGACGCUGAUAAGGUGAUCCAGGUUAACUUUGACAAGUUUGUGUUGGAGGCCGACACCUACUGUCGCUUCGACUACGUGGCCUUCUUCAACGGUGGUGAGAAAGACGACUCACGCCUGAUUGGCAAAUAUUGUGGAGACCAAGCCCCGCAGCCCAUAAUUACCAGCGGGAACGUGCUGCUGGUCCAGUUUGUGUCCGACCUGAGUGUGACCUCAGAUGGGUUCCUGGCCUACUACACCAGCGUCCCUCGUGGCUCUGAUGUAUCAACAGUGCACCGUGCUAAUACUCGGCCGAUUCCAGCAAGACCUGAUAUCAGACCUCCGACGCGUGAACGAGUCCCUGUUGCCACGGCACCUCCACCCAAAUAUGUGCCCCCCCCUCCGGCGCCGGAACCAACCCAGAGGCCCAAACCAGUCCGGCCCACUGCCGGCCGCGGUGAGGGUACCACAGGUCAGGAGAGGAAGGUGGUUACGAGUCCAAAUGGAAAGAGGCCAGUCACGCAGAAUCCACUGUGUGCCAAAGCGUGUAAAAGAGAUGGAACCAUCAAGACCAGUUUCUGUGCCAGUGAAUUUGUGAUUACCGGAAAGGUGACCUCAUUGGCCCCUGGACCUCGAGGUACCCUGCUCAUCGGGGUCUCCCUCAUUAAGACUUACAAAGCAGGUCGGCUAACGAUCACGCAAGUUGGAGAGACCAUGUCAGUGAAGUUGGUGUCACAAUGCAGGAAGUGCCCGUUGAUCCGCCGAGGUGCUAACUACAUUAUAAUGGGUCAGGUGGAUGAUGAAGGUCGCGGCACCUUGGUACCUGGUGCAUUCACAGCGCCAUACAAAGCUCCACAUCACAAAUUAUUGACGAACAUCAACAACCAACCGUGUUAACUCAACACAUCUGUACAAAGUCAAAUGAGCUUGCAGAUCUCUUAAAAAAAACAAGCACAACAGUAACAUUAUCAUCACCCCAUUAAGGAAAAAAAAUACUGAAACCUUGUCUGUAAUUUAUAUAUGAAUAAAGGUUUUUAUAUCUCUUUUCCCAA